AUGCGUCCCGCACACAUCCUCCUCUCCCUGCUCCCCGCUCUCUUCCCCCCAGCCCGCGCCCUCCCCGCCCAAGACGAUGCCUUCCGCGUCGACCGCCUGAUCCGCAAGGCAGGCGUGGAAGACAGAUGUAUUGAUUAUGCAUGCCACUCCUUCACGCCCGCCAAAAUGUGCUCGCACGACCAGCGCGAGCACAUGCAAUACGUGUGCUGGGACAUAAUGCACGGCGGGACGGGCGGGUUCGGGGAGACGGAUCGGCUGGGCAAGAUGUUGGUGGAUGGGGUGCGGAGGGAGAUGCGGGUGUUGGAGAGGUGGGUUAGGCAUACUGAGUUAUAG